AUGAGUUUUUACAAAAUACUUGUCAUAGGCGAUGUCGGGGUGGGGAAAACCUCUUUAGUUAAUAGGAUUGUUUACAACACCUUCACAGAAAAAUAUAAAGCGACUAUUGGGUGCGAAUUUGGCUUAAAAGUGAUAGACAUUAAUGGUGAAAAUGUACGAAUUCAAUUGUGGGAUCUUGCUGGACAAGAUAGGCUUGGAGGAAUUUCACGUCUUUACUGCCGAGAUGCGAAUGGGGCUUUAGUAAUCACAGAUAUCACUAGGAGAGAAACUUUAGAUAAAGCGACCAGCUGAAAGGCGAAUAUAGACGAAAAUUCCAGAUUGGUUGAUGGAUCCCACAUACCUAUGAUUUUGUGCGCAAAUAAGUAUGAUCUUACGAAUCCCCACUCUUGCAUGACACAAGAAGAGCUCAAUGAGUUCGCGGGAUCUCGCAAUUUUUUGGCUGGGAUUUUCACAUCCGCAAAGACAGGUGCCAAUACAGAAAAGGCGUUAAUGAUGCUUGUAACCGAAAUGAUGAAUAAGUGCCCAAUAAAAGAAGGUGGAGUUGAGUCGAAAAUAGUCAGCGCGACUAAAAAAUUGGAAGCAAAACCUGCUGUAAAAACAAAAAAAGGAUGCUGCUAA